AACAAGGUCAGUUAAAUCUUCAGCUUUCUUGACGAAUUUAUUCAUUUGUAUGCCAUUGUAAUUGCUCUCUGAUGUUAGCUUAUUGGCUGAAAAACGUGUUUGAUGCAUAUUUCUGGAAAUAAACUGACAAAAUGGAACGUAAUUUCUUGUUAUCUCCCCACAAGAUUUCACCACCCGUUGCUGCUUUUCCAUUUUGCAUCUCCUAUGAAUCCUAUUUACGUCAAAAGCCCCAAUGUUCUUUGAGGACACCUUUCUCAGUUUGUAGAAGAAACUUGGAAAAGACACUAUUUUUGGGUGAAAGUUUGGUUUUCCAGGAAAAAAAUGACUUUUGGGGUGAUUCAAGGAGAACCCAUGUGCCCCUCUUGCCUAUAAGGUCAGGUGCUGUGAAGAGGAGGAAAGAGCUUCCUCUUGAUAAUGUAAUCCAAAGGGAUAAGAAGCUCAAAUUGGUUUUAAAAAUUAGGAAGAUUUUGAUGAGUCAGCCUGAUAGGAUAAUGGCGCUUCGUCAUUUAGGUAGGUUUAGAAGAGCAUUAGGUCUGGAUAAGAAAAGGCGAUUUAUCGCAUUGUUGAGGAAGUUUCCAGCUGUGUUUGAGAUCGUGGAAGAAGGGGCUUAUUCGCUUAGGUUUAAGUUGACUCCUGAGGCGGAGAGGCUAUAUUUAGAGGAAAUGAAGAUUAAGAAUGAGAUGGAGGAUCUCCUAGUUGUCAAGUUGAGGAAAUUGUUGAUGAUGUCAGCUGAUAAGCGGAUUCUUUUGGAGAAGAUUGCCCACUUGAAGAAUGAUAUUGGGCUUCCUUUAGAGUUUUGUGACACGAUAUGCCAGCGAUACCCACAAUAUUUCAAGGUUGUGUCUACUGGGCGGGGACAGGCGUUGGAGUUAACUCAUUGGGAUCCUGAGCUUGCUGUCUCUGCUGCAGAGCUUGCAGAAGAGGAGAAUCGGGAAAGAGAGCUGGAAGAGAGAAAUUUGAUUAUUGAUAGGCCACUGAAAUUCAGUAGAGUGAAGUUACCUAGGGGUCUUAAUCUUUCAAAAGGAGAGAUGAGAAGGAUUUCUCAGUUCAGGGACAUGCCAUACAUUUCACCUUAUUCUGACUUCUCUAAUUUGAGAUCUGGAACAAUAGAGAAAGAAAAACAUGCUUGUGGUGUUGUUCAUGAAAUAUUAAGCCUCACUGUUGAGAAGAGAACCCUUGUGGACCACCUGACUCAUUUUCGAGAGGAAUUUAGGUUUUCUCAGCAGCUUCGUGGAAUGCUCGUUAGGCAUCCUGAUAUGUUUUAUGUCUCUCUUAAAGGGGAUAGGGACUCUGUUUUUCUUCGUGAAGCAUAUAGUGAUUCUCAAUUAAUAGAAAAAGAUAGACUCUUGCUCAUCAAAGAGAAGCUUCGUUCCCUUGUUGCUGUUCCACGAUUCCCAAGAACGCCCAUUCCAAAAACUGGCACAGGUGGAGAAGAAGGAAGUGAGGCAGAAGAGGCAAGCAGUGCAGAAGAGGAAGAUGAAUGGUUGGACAUUGAUAGUUUUGCUGGUGAUAAAUUGGAUGAUGAUGAAGAUUUUGAUGAAGAUGAUCUAGAUUUUGAAGACAAUUGGAGCAGUGAUGAAGAUGAUUUAUCCCCAGACUUAAAUGGUGAUGAUGGAAUUAUGAACCUUGAAGCACACAAACAAAGCAGGAAAAUAGAUGACUCAGAGAAAGAAGAUAAGCCUCUUGUUCCAGUCUUUCCAGAUGGCCGGCCAAGAGAACGCUGGUAAACUCAUGGAGUGUUUUAAAAUGCAAGAGGCUUUCAUAUUUUUGAAAGGCCCUGUGCCCUGGGAGAGUGACAAAAGGUGUGCUAUCCUUUCAACAUUGGGUUUGCACGAGGUUCAUAACAGCGGAGAAGAGUGUUAGGCACUUUGUUUGAAAGGUUAGCAUUUCUCAGAGACUAAGUUUUGGGACUUCACAUCCACUGUAAAGUCAAAAUGGUCCUUGAGAGAGAGAGUGAGAGAGGGAGGAGAAUAAGAUUGAAUGUUUAGCAUAUCUUUCUUUUAAGUAAAAAAGAGCAGAAGAUCUUAUCUUGAUGUUUGCCGAGCUCGCAGGCAUUGCAUUUCUGCUGCAUCUGACAGCUUGUUCAUAUUAUGUUAUAUUAUUUCCAUGAUAUGAACUACACACUUCUUUCCGAAACUCUUGAAAUUAGAAGUAAAGUCUGCAUUUUAUUUGUU